GGCCGGGCCGGGCCGGGCGCGCGGCGGCGGCGGCGGGCGCGCGGGGCGAUGCGGGCGCGGGGUCGGGGGCGCCUGCCCCGGCGGCUGCUGCUGCUGCUGGCGCUCUGCGUGCAGGCGGCGCGGCCCCUGGGCUAUUUCGAGCUGCAGCUGAGCGCGCUGCGGAACGCCAACGGGGAGCUGCUGAGCGGCGCCUGCUGCGACGGCGACGGCCGGACGACGCGCGCGGGGGGCUGCGGCCGCGACGAGUGCGACACGUACGUGCGCGUGUGCCUGAAGGAGUACCAGACCAAGGUGACGCCCACGGGGCCCUGCAGCUACGGCCACGGCGCCACGCCCGUGCUGGGCGGCAACACCAUCUACCUGCGGCCGGACGGCGCGGCGGGGGAGCGGGCGCGCGCGCGGGCCCGGCCGGGCGGCGCCCCGGACCCGGGCCUCGUCGUCAUCCCCUUCCAGUUCGCCUGGCCGCGCUCCUUCACACUCAUCGUGGAGGCCUGGGACUGGGACAACAGCAGCACGCCCGAUGAGGAGCGGCUCAUCGAGCGCGUGUCGCACGCGGGCAUGAUCAACCCCGAGGACCGCUGGAAGAGCCUGCGCUUCAGCGGCCACGUGGCACACCUGGAGCUCAGCAUCCGCGUGCGCUGCGGCGAGAACUACUACAGCGCCGCCUGCAACAAGUUCUGCCGGCCGCGCCACGACUUCUUCGGCCACUACACCUGCGACCAGUACGGGAACAAGGCCUGCCUGGACGGCUGGAUGGGCAAGGAGUGCGAGCACGCCGUGUGCAAGCAGGGCUGCAGUCUGCUCCACGGGAGCUGCACCGUGCCCGGGGAGUGCAGGUGCAGCUACGGCUGGCAGGGGCGGCUCUGUGACGAGUGUGUGCCGUACCCCGGCUGCGUGCACGGCAGCUGUGUGGAGCCCUGGCAGUGCAACUGCGAGACCAACUGGGGCGGCCUGCUCUGCAACAAAGACCUGAAUUACUGUGGGAACCAUCGCCCCUGCAUCAACGGGGGCACAUGCAUCAACGCUGAGCCCGACCAGUACCGCUGCGCGUGCCCUGAUGGUUACUCGGGCAAGAACUGCGAGCGUGCCGAGCAUGCCUGCGCCUCCAACCCCUGUGCCAAUGGCGGUUCCUGCCAUGAGGUGCCCUCGGGCUUCGAGUGCCACUGCCCGUCCGGCUGGAGCGGGCCCACCUGCGCGCUCGACAUCGACGAGUGCGCCUCCAGCCCGUGCGCUGCGGGGGGCACCUGCGUGGACCAGGUGGACGGCUUUGAGUGCCUGUGCCCGGAGCAGUGGGCCGGGAGCACCUGCCAGCUGGACGCCAAUGAGUGUGACGGGCGGCCGUGCCUUAAUGCUUUUUCUUGCAAAAACCUGAUUGGUGGCUAUUACUGUGAUUGCCUCCCGGGCUGGAAGGGCGCCAACUGCCAUAUCAACAUCGACGACUGUCGCGGGCAGUGCCAGCAUGGUGGGACCUGCAAGGACCUGGUGGACGGCUACCAGUGUGCAUGUCCGCGGGGCUACGGUGGCCGGCACUGCGAGCUGGAGGUGGACCCGUGUGCCAGCAGCCCCUGCCUCGCCGGGGGGCUCUGCGAGGGCGUGGCGGGGAGCUUCCGCUGCCACUGCCCCAAGGGCUUCUCCGGGCUGCUCUGUGAGGUGGACAUCGACUUCUGCGAGCCCAGCCCCUGCCAGAACGGCGCUCACUGCUACGACCUGGAGAGCGACUACUACUGCGCAUGCCCCGAGCACGUGGGCGGCAAGAACUGCUCGGUGCCCCGCGAGCCGUGCCCAGGAGGGGCCUGUGAAGUGAUCGACAGCUGCAGCUUCCAGGCGGGGCCCCGAGGGGCUGGUGCUCUGCCCUCCGGCUUGUGUGGCCCCCACGGACACUGUGUCAGCCUGCCCAGGGGCAACUUCUCGUGCGUCUGCGACAGUGGCUUCACGGGCACGUACUGCCAUGAGAACAUUGACGACUGCCUGGGCCAGCCUUGCCGCAACGGCGGCACGUGCAUCGACGAGGUGGAUGCCUUCCGGUGCUUCUGCCCCAGCGGCUGGGAGGGCGAGCUGUGUGACACCAAUCCCAACGACUGCCUCCCUGAUCCCUGCCACAGCCGCGGCCGCUGCUACGACCUCGUCAACGACUUCUACUGUGCCUGCUCUGAGGGCUGGAAGGGCAAGACCUGCCACUCUCGUGAAUUCCAGUGUGACGCCUAUACCUGCGCCAACGGCGGCACGUGCUAUGACAGUGGCGACACCUUCCGUUGUGCCUGCGCCCCUGGCUGGGAGGGCAGCACAUGCAGUGUGGCCCAGAACAGCAGCUGUCUGCCUGACCCGUGUGCCAACGGGGGCACGUGUGUGGGCAGCGGCGACUCCUUCUCCUGCAUCUGCCGAGACGGCUGGGAGGGCCGUACCUGCACACACAACACCAAUGACUGCAGCCCCCUGCCUUGCUACAACGGCGGCGUCUGCGUGGACGGCGUGAACUGGUUCCGCUGCGAGUGUGCGGCCGGCUUCGCGGGUCCCGACUGCCGCAUCAACAUCGACGAGUGCCUGUCCUCGCCCUGUGCGUACGGGGCCACCUGCGUGGACGAGAUCAACGGCUAUCGCUGCAGCUGCCCGCCGGGACGCUCAGGCCCUCGGUGCCAGGACGUGGUGGUGUUCGGGAGGUCUUGCUGGUCACAGGGCGUGCCCUUUCCUCACGGGAGCGCUUGGCUGGAGGACUGUAACAGCUGCCGCUGUCUGGACGGCCGCCGGGACUGCAGCAAGGUGUGGUGUGGCCGGAAGCCUUGCCUGCUGGCCGGCCGGCCCGAUGCCCUGAGUGCCCAGUGCCCUCCCGGGCAGCAGUGCCUGCAGAGGGCGCCGGGCCAGUGCCUGCAGCCGCCCUGUGCGGCCUGGGGUGAGUGUGGCGCGCAGGAGCCCCUGCUGCCCCGCACCCCGUGUCUGCCGCGCUCUGGCCACCUGGACAACAACUGUGCCCGCCUGACGCUGCGCUUCGACCACAGCCAGGUGCCCCAGGGCACCACUGUGGGCGCCAUCUGCUCGGGCAUCCGGGCUCUGCCCGCAGCGAGGGCUGUGGCCCGCGACCGCCUGCUCGUGCUGCUCUGUGACAGGCCGGCGUCAGGGGCCAGUGCCGUGGAGGUGGCCAUGUCCUUCAGCCCAGCAUGGGACCUGCCGGACAGCAGCCUCAUCCAGAGUGCGGCGCACGCCAUCGUGGCUGCCGUCACGCAGCGCGGGAACAGCUCUGUGCUGCUGGCCGUCACCGAGGUCAAGGUGGAGACGGUGGUGAUGGGCAGCUCCUCCGGGGUGCUGGUGCCCGUGCUGUGUGGCGUGUUCAGUGUGCUGUGCUUGGCGUGCGUGGCCAUCUGUGUGUGGUGGACCCGCAAGCGCAGGAAAGAGCGGGAGAGGAGCCGGCUGGCCCCCGAGGACGGCGCCAACAACCAGUGGGCUCCGCUGAACCCCAUCCGCAACCCCAUUGGGCCGGGCAGCUCCAGCACAGGCGCCCGCAAGGCCGUGCUAUACCCCUGCAAGAGCUUCCCGGCAGCACCGCACAGGGGCCCCGCGGAGGACGAGGACGACGAGCCCAGCCGGGGGCAGGCCUGCCCGGAGGUGGAGAAGUUCCUCCCGCAUAAAUGCACCAAAGAGCCCGGCUGCUCGCCCGGGAGAACCGCCCGCUGGGCUCCAGGCCCCAAAGUGGACAACCGUGCGGUCAGGAGCAGCCGCGAGUAGGAUGGGGGGGCAGGACUCUCGCCGGGGGCGCCUGGCACCACCGCCCCCGGGAGGCCAAGGUCGUGUGCAAAGUUUCUUUAUUUUGUGUAAAAAACACCAAAAACAAAAAACAAAUGUUUAUUUUCUACGUUUCUUUUACCUUGUAUAAAUUAUUUGAUAAUUGUCAGCGGAAAACAAUGGAGUAUUCUCGGAUAGUUGCUAUUUUUGUAAAGCUUCUGCGUGUGGCACUGUGGCUGCAGGCGGCAGGGGGCCGCUCGCAGCCGAGUCAGACGCUCUUCCCAGAGGCUGUGCACUGUUUACAGAAUCUUCCUUUGAUUCCUCACCUGGGGGUCUCUCGACUCCAGGCCAAAGAGCCAGUGGGCCCACAGCGGAAGUGUGGCCUGUGGCAGACUGUGACCCGUGGCAGACAGUGGCCAUGGUUCAGUGAGGCCCGUAGCAGACAGUGACCAUGGUUCAAUGUGGCCCGUGGCGGACGGUGGCCAUGGGUCAGUGAGGCCCGUGGCGGACGGUGGCCACGGGUCAGUGUGGCCUGUGGUGGACGGUGGCCACGGUUCAGUGAGGCCUGUGGCGGACGGAGGCCACAGUUCAGUGAGGCCCGUGGCGGACGGAGGCCACAGUUCAGUGAGGCCCGUGGCAGACAGUGGCUACAGUUCAGUAAGGUCCGUGGCAGACGGUGGCCACGGUUCAGUGUGGCCCGUGGCGGACGGUGGCCAUGGUUCAGUGAGGCCCGUGGCAGACAGUGGCCACAGUUCAGUAAGGUCCGUGGCAGAUGGUGGCCACAGUUCAGUGUGGCCCAUGGCGGAUGGUGGCCAUGGUUCAGUGAGGCCCGUGGCGGAUGGUGGCCACGGUUCAGUGUGGCCCGUGGCAGACGGUGGCCACGGUUCAGUGAGGCCCGUGGCGGACGGUGGCCACGGUUCAGUGUGGCCCGUGGUGGAUGUGGCCAUGGUUCAGUGAGGCCCGUGGCAGACGGUGGCCACGGUUCAGUGUGGCCCGUGGCAGACGGUGGCCACGGUUCAGUGAGGCCCGUGGCGGACGGUGGCCACGCUUCAGUGUGGCCCGUGGCGGACGGUGGUUCAUGGGUCAGUGUGGCCUGUGGGUCAGUGGCCCAUAGCUGUUGGUCAGACCUGGGUCCUGCAGUGUCGCAUGGGUCAUCAGAACCGUGUUAAUGUGGCCCGUGGUUGUUGACGGGACCUCUGCCUGGUUAAUGGGCCAUGGGCGCCAUGGGACUGGGCACAACACCCGGCUAUGAGCAGGGCCGAGGCCUGCUCUGUCCUGUUCGGCCUCUUCGCUCGCUCGCUCUGCUGGACUCCGCCUGUCCACUCUGCUUUCGGAAGUGCCCUUCCUGACUGCCCUGCGCCCGAGACGGGACGGGGCAGCUCACGGCUGUGACAAGUGCCUUCACGUGGACUCUCCCUCACAGCUGCGGGCAUUGCCGCGGGCGCCACCUCGUGACAGCGCAUUUCUGUGAAUAUGUACAUAUUAAACGGAUCACUCUGUAUAUUUGAUUUCAUAACUUAAA